UGAUCUCUAUAUAUAAAUAAGUAGGUGAUGGCAUUGGUGCUCUAUCCUAAGAUGUAAUGUGCAUAUAAUUCUCAAAGAUUCUCAACUCCCUUAGACUCUCUCUUUCUAUCAUUUUUCUUAAGUCUCUUUUCUCUUUCAAUAAUAUAAGCUUAUUUGAACCUUCAAGAGUUGAUCAUUUAUAACUAGGCUUUAUUGUGACAUUUUUGUUUUGGUGAGAAAAAAUGGGAAGGCAACCUUGCUGUGACAAAGUUGGGUUGAAGAAGGGGCCAUGGAGUGCAGAGGAGGACAAGAAGCUCAUCAACUUCAUUCUCACUAAUGGUCAAUGUUGCUGGAGAGCUGUCCCUAAACUAGCAGGGCUGUUAAGGUGUGGGAAGAGUUGCAGGCUCAGGUGGACAAAUUACCUGAGGCCAGACUUAAAGAGAGGCCUUUUAUCAGAAUCUGAAGAGAAAAUGGUGAUUGAUCUCCAUGCUCAACUUGGCAACAGAUGGUCUAAGAUUGCAACUCAUCUUCCUGGAAGAACAGAUAAUGAGAUUAAAAACCAUUGGAACACCCACAUAAAGAAAAAGCUCAAGAAAAUGGGAAUUGAUCCUGUCACACACAAACCACUCCCCAAUGUAACAGAGCAAACACAGAUUCAACCCAAAGAACAACAACAACUAGUAGAAGAACAACCUUUGCUGGUUGACUUUGACCUGAAAUUUGAACAUGAAAUUGACCAAAACAAGGAGCCAGAAAAGCCAGAGACUUCAAUUGAGUCAUCCAUCAUCACUGAAACCAAAGAGGAAGAAAAAAUCAUAACACCCUUAUUUGACACAAUGGAGGUAAUGGAUGGGUUUUGUACAGAGGAUGUUCCAAUAAUUGAACCUGAUGAGAUUCUAGUGCCAUGUGCUUCUUCCUCUUCAUCAACCUCUACAUCAUCUUCUUCCAAUUCAAACAAUUUCCUUGAAGAUUUGCAGCUCCCAGAUUUUGAGUGGUCUUGUGAUUACACUGAAAAUUGUAUUAUUAGCAAUUACAAUGAAGACGCCAAUAAUAACAACAUGGACUUUUGGGUUGAUGACUUUAUUAGCAGUUUGGAUUUGCUGAUUAAUGAUGAUGAAGGUGAUGGAAAUGGAAAGCAAGCAUUUGAUGCUCCACUCAGCAAGAACAACUCAAGAAUGGUCAUGGAUUCAGAACCUUGGGCAUAUGGGCUGUUUUGAUUUGAAUUUUUUUUCUCCCCUUUCCUUCUGUCUUAAUUACUUGUGAUUUGCUUCUAAGUUGUCAUCAUGAAGAAUAAGCAGUGAAUCAUCAAUUAAGAAGAACACAACUCUUGUUUAA